AUGUUGCACUGCCCCCCCCCAUUGAAGAAGAAGUGAGGAGGCAUCUAGCGACGCGCAGUCCUCUGCAGCAUCUCAGUUCUGUGCAGAGGGAGAGAGAGGCGGGUGUUCAGACAUUUCCUCCCUUACUGUCUGCGGGACACCGACAUCAGGCGCAGCCCUCCCCUGACUCCCACUAGGACCUUCUCUUCCCCGUUGGAGACCUCCUCCACCCCCCUCAUCCAGCAGCCAUGGCAGAGGACGCAGACAUGCGCAAUGAGCUGUCAGACAUGCAGCAACGCGCCGACCAGCUGGCCGACGAGUCGCUGGAGAGCACUCGCCGUAUGCUGCAGCUGGUGGAAGAGAGCAAAGAUGCCGGCAUCAGGACUUUGGUCAUGCUGGACGAGCAGGGAGAGCAACUCGAUCGUGUUGAAGAUGGCAUGAACCAUAUCAAUCAAGACAUGAAGGAAGCCGAGAAAAAUUUAAAAGAUUUAGGGAAAUGCUGUGGGCUUUUCAUAUGUCCGUGUAACAAGAUGAAGAGCGGAGCCAGCAAGGCCUGGGGGAAAAACCAGGACGGGGUGGUGGCCAGCCAGCCAGCCCGCGUGGUAGACGAGCGCGAACAGAUGGCCAUCAGCGGAGGCUUCAUCCGCAGGGUAACAGAGGACGCCCGGGAAAAUGAGAUGGACGAGAACCUGGAGCAGGUGGGCGGCAUCAUCGGUAACCUGCGCCACAUGGCCCUGGACAUGGGCAACGAGAUCGACACCCAGAACCGCCAGAUCGACAGGAUCAUGGACAAGGCUGAUUCCAACAAGACCAGGAUCGACGAGGCCAACCAGCGCGCCACAAAGAUGCUGGGCAGUGGUUAGACGCCCCGCAGUGGACCGGAGCGUGCCGGCGUCCCACGCCGCACAUCUACAGGCGCUGACAUGCUUUCAUCAUGGUAUUGACCUUCUAGGUUUGCACAUGCACAUAUCGCCCCCCCACCCACAUUAUAAAUGUUGUUCUUUACGUCGUCCGUCAAGCUUUUUCAAGAUGAUUGUCCUCGCUAAAAGAUGGUUUCUUAUUCUCCAUGUAUCAUUCUAUCCAAAGGUUGUACAUAGCGCUAACCUGAUGGCUCUUUAGCUCACCUGUGAAAUUUGUAUUCUCUUUAUAUAUCAUAUAUAUAUACAUAUGUGAUGUAUACAGUACACUGCUCUGGAUGAUACGUAUUUAAUAGGAAUGCUAUACAGGCUGUUUGUUGUGAUCCUUUCUUUCUUUCCAGUAUCUCAGUAUGGUCUUAGUUGAACUGUGUCAUUCCAUGUAGGCGACUGUCAGGGUUCUUAUUUCGGUGUUGUGGCGACUAAAGGCAGGAGGCUGGGGACAAAGAGGCAAAGAGACGGUUUACUAGGGAACCAAUGGGAUCGCACAAAGCACUUACAGUCAAAAGGCAGACGUCGGUACAUUCUCUUCCAUCGCGAUCAAUCUGAGCUACCGUUUAGACUCUCUGUAGCUGUAUUAGACAUUGCAUUCCAAGUGAUGUGUAUUGUGCGUUAUCUGCAUGACAAAUGGUCGCUUUUAGUCUUAUAAAUAAAACCUGUCUGAAAAAUAUAUAUAAAAAAGGAUAACGUGGCAGUAGCAAACACACAACGCAUGCUCAGUAUUAGGACAGUUGAUGGUUCUUUACUCCUGCAAGUUUGCAAUAGCGCCACUCUUUUUGUCGUGAUAUAUUACCGACUGUGACCAUCUCGUUGUAAAAUAAUGCAAAAAGGGAUACAAAAACCCAGGAGGACCCGGGGUUGUAUUGCAAAAACACCCAAUGACCUGUUUUCUAAAUGAUUAUGCAGCUCAAUGAUGAAGAUGUUGAUUGUGUGCUGAACGAUGGGGACUGGUUGUUUACUGUAACAUUUGAAUGCUCUGAAAAAAACACAAAAGAUCAUUUGCAAUGUAAGCAAAGACGCAUAUUUCUGAGAGACCUUACUUUUUUAAGAAGACUGUACCUGUAUCUCCUUGUGUGGUUUGUUAUUGGUAAGAAAUGAUACGAUUGAAUAACUAAUACUAUGAAACAAAAAAGUACAUUUAAAAGGGUUUUUUUGUUGCUUCUGUACUUUAGAGCUAUGCACAGCAAAACGCCAAACUAUUGACUCGUUAGACUACGGUGAUUACUACCUAAACCUGAUGACACAAUAGGUUCAACCGUGAGAUUGGUGUCCUCAGCGCAUGUAAUAUUAAGACUCCCUCUCUGUGUCCUGUCAGUCUGUGAAGUGGUGCAUAUUUUGUAGCUGGCUGAAUUGAUUAAAAGUAAUAAACCCUG